AUGCGCAUCGGUAUUUCGACACUCUUUCUGGCGGGCGUGACAGCCGGCAUGGCGAGUAUGGAGUCCUCGUCUUCGAAAGUGGCGUCAUCUUCGAGAUUACAUGAGCGAAGCUACGUUAAGCCUCUGUCUUUACUCGAACAAAACAGACUCACAGUCGAACUUCUCCCCCCAACCUGCAAUCUAAACGCCUGCAUCGGUCUUACUGGUACAAUCUCCUGUAUCGCGUCUGCUCUACAAGCUAGAGAUUCCGCCGCACUGUCGAAGUGUUUGACGAAUGGGUUACAAGGGAUCUGUUCCUGCGCGGCAUGCGUCCCCGCUCUUAGUAGCUUCUUGAACUCCCUUGGUAUCUGUUUGUCGGUACCAGGUGGUGGUGGCAAUGCUACUGCGACUCCGUCGAUGCAGAUGCAGAUGAAUACGUUUGUGACUUCGACUAUGGUUCCGGGGAAGAGUGGCGUUAGUUGUGGGAUGAUGACUGUGACGCCGACUCCGAGUAUUACGGUUUGA